AAUUAAUUUGCAGUAUAUUUUCGUUCUCGAAAAAUAUAUACUAAAGUUUCGUCUAUCGACAGUCCGCCACAAUGUGAACAAGCUCUUACUGCUGAACCACACAGUAGAUCGAAUGCUCUUGUUUUUGUGGACGACGCAGUUGAUAAUGAGCGACAACCUGAUCAACAAAGAGGAGGCCUACAAUAUGGAUCAAGACCAAGAUUUGGGAGGCAAACACUAUUCCCGCUGUAGCAGCGCGGGCAGCACACAUACACCCAACUCUUCAGCGCACAAUUCUGAUGAUGACGACGACAGCGGCGAUGCCCGACACACGGGAGCCACAAACUCGAAUUCGAAUUCGUCGCUGAGUUACAAAGAGCGCAGACGCUCGGCUCAUACACAGGCGGAGCAGAAGCGUCGAGAUGCGAUCAAAAAGGGCUACGACAGUCUACAGGAGCUGGUGCCGCGUUGCCAGCCGAACGACUCGUCUGGCUAUAAGCUGAGCAAAGCGCUGAUACUGCAAAAGUCUAUCGAGUACAUUGGCUAUCUGAAUCAGCAGAAAAUCAGGCAGGAGGAUGAGAGCGCUGCUUUGCAGAAGGAGGUGACGGCACUGCGUAUCAUACAGAACGGCUACGAGACCAUGCUGCAACAUCAGCAAGCCAAUCCGGGACCCGAAGAGGCGCGCCUCACAGACGAGGCCAAAUUUCAAGUGUUUCAGGCAAUACUGGACGAAAUGUUUGAGACAUUCCAGAGCAUACCGAUGGACAAUUUCAAGCAGUUGACAAGUGGCGUCAUCCCCUGGCUGGAGGAGCACUGCAAGCCGCACAUUCUGCGCAACAUUCUCAGCCGAACGCUGCAGCAGAUGGCGCAGGAGACGCAGGAGAAACAGCAGCAGGCCAUGGAACAGGAAACUGGCGAGGGAUUCAGUUGAAAACUUUCGUUUUUUCGGUUUUUCUGUUUUUGGUAAAUGCUUUCAAUUAGUAAAUGCGUCAUUUAGUUAUAAAAGCGAGCGAUAAUUAGAGGCUAACAUUGACUUUUUGGCUUAAGCUUAAAGAU